UAGGGGCUGGAGAAGCAUGACAUCAUGCACAGCUCCGACCCUCACUGCGAACACAAAGAGUAAAACGUAUUUAUUGCACUACUGCACGCUGCGGUCGACGUCUGCAUCGUCUGCACGGCGAUACCCCGCGGUCCCAUCCAUAAAAUACACCGGAAAUCUGGCCCUGGGACUCCGGAGAGUGCUGCGGAGUCUGGGAGGGGCAUCCGUCCGUCCGUCCGGGGGCAAUGGCGGAUGCGUGUGGAGUGGGACAGCAGUGAUGGGGGCUUAGCAGAAUAACAUCCCGACUUCUGCAUGUACAUUUUCUCUGUUUAGCUUGGUAUUCAUCUCUCGCCAUGGAUCCAGAGAAAACGUUGACAUUCUGCCUCGGGCUGAAGGCUGAGGAGAUGACCAUAUCCCUGCAGGGGCUGGAUGGGACUGAAGCUGCUACGGUGGCUGUUUCUCAGAAGGAGGCAGACAUGCUCACAAUUAAUAAGAUGACCAUAUCCCUGCAGGGGCUGGAUGGGACUGAAGCUGCUACGAAGGAGGCUGACAUGCGCACAAUUAAUAAGGUGGUGAAGCAUCACGGGGGUUCUGGUAGCCAGCCUGUUGUCAGUCCGAAGUACUGUCCUGGGGUAAACAACAAUCCAGGUUACCUGUGUGAAACGGGGCACUGCUGCGGAGAGACGGGCUGCUGCACCUACUAUUAUGAACUCUGGUGGUUCUGGCUACUGUGGACGAUGCUGAUCCUCUUCAGCUGUUUCUGUGCUUACCGCCACCGCCGGGCAAAGCUGAGGAUCCAACAGCAGCAGAGACAGAGGGAGAUCAAUCUGAUCGCCUACAACGGAGCCUGCAACUACCCUUCCUCAAUGCUGGACCUCAGUUUUCUGGCUUCGUUUAAGUUGCCCUCCUACGAGGAGGUGGCGGCGCAGCCCACCACCCCUCCUCCGCCUUACAGCUCUGUCUUCGCCCUGCAGGGAGGUGCCAUGGGGGGUCCUAGCUCUUCUUACUCCCAUCAUCACCACCACCGUCACCCCUGCCCUCCAUAUUUGGGCCCCGGUCCCAGUGGCCUGACUUCCUCCCAGAGCUCUGACAACUACACCAGCUGCUCCUGCGAGUCUUGCUCCCUCACUUCCCCCUGCAGCACCUCCUUCUCUGUCCAGGUGACAGACGAGACGUAUGACAGCAGCCACAUCUCCACACCCAGUGAAGCAGGGGGUGACUGGGUGGUCAUGUCAAGGUUUGGGGCCAACUUCACACCAACUUCUUCCCCGACACCUUUAUCGCAAGUUCCACCUGAUGUUAUACCUGCGGCCACUCCAGAUGUCAUACCGGUACAAAGACGGCCCUCUAACGGCGGUGAAGGAUUCUCGUCUUCAGCUCCACCUCUCUCUCUUCCUUUACACUCUCGUCCAUCACACUCUUCUCGCCUCCCACUCUCUCCCCUCAUUCUGUUAUCUUCCAUUCCUCCUGGUCAAGUCCAUCCUCUCGUCCUCUCAGACCCACUUGGAGCUGUAGCCAUUCAGAGAGAGAAAGAAGAAGAGGCCCCACCUUGUGGUCCAACCCCCAGGUCCACUCUGUCUCCCCCUAAACAGGCCCAUUUCCCCUCAAAUGUGGCUGUUUUCACACAUUGCCACAACAAAGAAGAGCAAAAACGAGAAGAGGAAGAAGAAGAAGAUGACGAGGAGGAUCAUUUCCGGCAUCGACGGCUAACGGGUGACUCGGGCAUCGAGGUAUGCCGUUGCCAUGUGAAGCGAGAGGAACAAGAGGAAGAGGAACUCCGCAAGGGGCAUUUUGGGAAAGGAGGAAAAGAGGCUGUGAAGGAAGAGGAGAGUGCAGACGUGCUGCACGACAGCAUGGACUGUUCCCUCAGAGCGAAGGCCUCUGCUCAGCCACCACUACUGGACGACCGCGCUGAACAGCGUGGCCGCAUCUCUUCAUCCUCCAGUAUCAACCAGAAGACAGGCGAGGCCAUCAUCACCGUGGAGUCCUCGUAAGCUUACAGCCUGUGAGAUGUAGUCAAACAAGUGGAAAAAGUGAGAUGUUUCUGCUUGAUGGCGCUCGUCACAGAUCAAGACUAGUAGGUGAAAGGUCUUGUAGGUCUUACUUUAGAUAGUUGGGGAGAGGAUGUGUGAUCGAUUCUCGUUUUCUCUGUAUUCAAAUGAGAAACUCCAAGAGAAGCCGACACAGGAAAGUUCUACUUUGUAGUUAAUUUAUAUAUGGUUUCGGGAGAAGGCGUAUCCUUUUUCUCUUAAGUGAUGAAAAUGCUAAUGAAUUGCUUCUUCUCUGUUUCCAUGCUAACCAAAUCCAUUUUUACCAGUGGCACUGUGUCAACAUCCAGUUUAAGAAAGUUAAAUUAUAAGAUAAUGCUUCUCUAUUUUUGGCUUUUUUUAAUGUAAAAUUGUGGAUAGUUUUACCUCUGUGGGCAUUUAAAAAUUCUUCAAAUGAAACGAUCUGAGAAGCAAAAAUUCAUCUUUAGCUGCCCUGCUCACAAUGUUUUUUUGACAUUAUGCAAUGUGUGAUGGGGUCACAGACUGUGCUAAAAAUCUUAUUUUAAUUGAAAUAAAUGUAAGAAUAAUCUGAACGAUUCAUUUUCAAAAGAGCAGCUCUAACUAAUUGUGUCUGGAUCAUGUUGUAUAACCUUAAUCAACUGUAUUCUAUCUGUUGAAGAGUUUCACAACCAUUGAACAAGACUUGAUUAACCUGUGACCUUUUUCGUUGUAGGGUGAAUCUUUGCUUUCACUAGCCUACUUCCCUCUGUUUUAAGGAUAUAAGAAGGGAACAGUUAUAACUGAUUCAAGAAGUGUGUGUUUUAUACAUUUUGUCUUAUGUUGCUCCCUAAAGGAAAAGGGGUGCAAACUUUAAUGUUAAUGUGUGGGUGGCAAAGCUUUACAAUGGUAUUGAUUAUACAUUGUUGUUUCAGUCUGUUACAUGAUUAUACAGUACAGUGAAACUGACUGUUUGACUUUAGAUUUAAUGUGUUUGAACAUGUUCCUGGUUGGUUGUUGCCAUUUUUGCAAGGCAAUGUAAAUCUGAUUCCUCCAUUGAGUUUUUACAAGGCAGAAACAUUAAACCUAAUCUCAUCGCUGAUUAUGAAUGUAAAAGGUUUAUGCAUCACAACAAAAUGAUACACUUAAAUUGUUUACGAUGAAUUUUUAUCGCUUGACUGAGAACCUCUGGAAAAGUGCUUAAAAAUGCAGCAAGGCAAUUCAAUCUGCCAGGUGUGGAUUUUGAGAAGACACUUUUAAAUGAAGUGCCCAUUGUCAUUUCUGUCUUGAGUCAAGUAUGGUUUGUGAGAUAUCAAAGGUGUUCAUGUAAACGUACGAGCUGAUGGUUUAAGGUCGGAGUAAUGCCGCUAGUGGCUAAAAAUGUGGUCACUUCUGAGAGUUCAAUGCUUUUCUCUAAAUGUAUUCCGGUCGAUCCUGUUUUUGUAUGUAAAAUCAUUUGUCAGUUGAUGUCCAGUUGUACUUUGUCUUUCAGUAGAGGGAGGUCUCUGCCUCAGUGUGAAGUUGAUAUACCUUGAGCGACACUCUGUACUUCCUAGGAUUUAUAUCAAGUCGAUCCUGGUGUUAGCAGUGGCAAUAGCACACAUGUACUCUCUUGUAAUUUAUUCUCAGUACAAAAUGUACUGAGGCAUAGAGCAAGAUUUAGAAAAUGAGAAUGUAUCCAAUCACACUUUUGUACAUGUUUGUCUUGCUGUAGCUAUUAUGAGACAAACGUCUGCGUAGUUCAUUGAGGCCACUUCGUUGUGUCCUUGGCUCAGUGCAAAGCCAAUUUAAUUGUCUAACGCAGGGAAGGCAAAGCUUUCAACUCCUUCAUAGUUAUGUGGACAGAAAACGUUGCCUUGGUUCAGCUUGAUAAUACCUUAUUUGUCAUAGGCAAAUCGUGUGUGUAUAGGGAGGUUUUGGUUUGCUAUGAAGAUACUUUUGACAUCCUCUGAUCAUCUGAGCUCUUUUGCAGUGACUCAGAGGUGUGUCCCAGAGGUGGCUGAUGCUCUGACAGAGACUGCUCACCCUCUGAACAUAUCAAUAUAAAAGCCUUUUGGCUACUGUGUACAUAUCUUGGCUAAAGAUUGGACAGUUGUUAUUUUUUCACUAGUUCUAGCUAAUGUAUGUUUAUCAAAGUGUAUGGUGCCUAGAUGAAAAUAGACUAUCUGUUCGGCAUUCUAUAGUUUACUGCUGCUAUGCGAGUGCGUGUGUUUUCUGUAAAUUGUGUAUAGUCGUACAUCAAAUAGGCAAACAUUUUUUAACAGUGCUUAGCAGUCUCUUUAUAAAAUAUACACAGUACGUAGUACAUGUGAGACUUGCAAAAAUAGUAUUUAGCAAUAGUAUUCACACUUUUUUCCUUACUCUAGUUCAUGCUGGUUGAUAGGAAACGAACUGUUGUGAAAAAGACAUUUACCUCUUUAGAACUGAUCCGUGAGCUGUGCUGGGCAAAGGCCCUUGAUUGUACAUAUCGCUGUAUUUUAAAUGCCUUUGGUUUAAGGUUUCUCCCAAGUGCAAACUCAGAUUAUCUGGUUUUACUUUAGCCCCAGUUUGUGCCUCUCUUGUAUUGUCAUUACAUUUGGGUCACAGAGGUAAAUAUCUAUUACGAAGGUAUUUCCAGAUUCAUCUGGACUCCUCUGUCCAUUUGGAUUUAAAAUAUGAUAUAAAUGUUUUUGAAGCCAUUUCUCAAUUGCAACUCUGUUUCCUAUUCCACAAAAAACAGUAGUUGGAAAAACGUUUGUCCUUGCUCCAAUUGUAUGACAUCAACCAUAAAGUUUUUUUAUCUGUUCAUUUUUCUAUAUUGAUGUUUCUUUCUAUUUAUUUGUUUUCUUUGGUCUUGAACCAUAUGUUACAUCUUGUUUUUAUUGAGGCCAAAUAUGUUGCACAUUCAACAAUGUUCAGGAGGGAAACACUUGUGGGAGCUGGAUUUGCAGGAAAUAGAAAGUGAGUUCCAUUUUUUAUAUAUAUUAUAUACAUACCAUGAUGAUUUGUAACAAUUUCCCAUAAAAUGGCUCAACAAAACCAUUAAAUAUUGGCUAAUGCAAAUGACUACAUUUAGAAUGGAAGAGUUCUCCACUUUUAUACAGUGCAUGUUUUGUCAGUGAUUUGUGAAUUUCAUUGUAGACAUUAAAGUCUUUAAUAAGUAAUUGAAAAGAUUACUUAUUGAUUUAUUUUUUGGACUUUUUGUUUGUUUUGUUUGAGAAUGUAUUUGCAGAUUGCAGAUGGUUAGCUCUGUGACGUGAAUGUAGUCAAGACACCCGUGGCACAAACAGUCUAGUUUUAACCCAGCUCUGAUUUUAUAUUGAAGCCAAACUGAUCUGAGUUCAGUGUAUAUAGAACUAGUUUGAUAUUCUUUUGCAUUGUCAGCAGCUAGUACAGACUAAAUGCCCAAACUCAACCCUCAUUGAAACAGAAGGCCAAGGCCUGAUAUAAGACUGUUACCUCGCUGAGUUUUGACUGCAAAGGACUGUUUACUUCUCCUUGUCAAGAUAGUAUUUACUAUAUAUUUCUACUGACUUUUAUUUUGUAAUGCCAAGAAUUAAGGAAUUGAAAAAAAAACAACAGAGCCCACCUUGGUACGGCUGAAAGUGUUUGCCAGGAAAAAAAAAACGUAAUAUCAAACCUUGUUUGCAGGAAACAAUGUGUUGCUCCUUUUACUCCUGCAGCUUUGAGACAGCGGGAUUUAUAGAAGUAUCUUUAUUAGAUUGUAUGUGGAAUAGUUCAGAUUAUUAUUGCUUCAAAUUGUGGUGUUCUUUUGAGGGUUUCCUUGUGCAAUUCUACCUGCAGCUCUUCAGUGUGUUGUACGCAUGUGUGAGAGAGUUAUCGUCGGCCGUGUUGUGUUGUUAAAUCACUGUCGCGUACUAUGUUGUAAGCGACAAAGUUGAUUGUUGUUGGUAUCUGUCAAUAUAUAUAUAUCCAAACAUUUUUAAUUCAUCAUGAAUAUCAAGUUAAUUUGGUAUCUUGGUGUAUAGCAUAGAGAUGUAUGAUGCAUACUUUGAUGUAAAAUCCAAACAUUGAGAUGCUCUCACAUUUUUAGAUAUAUUUGUUUUGGUGCUUUUUCCCCCCAGAAGGUCGGGUUGUAUUUAGGUUUCUUCCAUUUGAGGUUUUUCAUUGAUGAUCAUUGGGAAUUCUACCUUGUUGACCACAGACAUUUGCUCUACUUUAUUCAACAAAAACUGUGGAUUUUGUGUCAAAAUAAAUGCUAACAAGCGCUACCAAA